AUCCAGAGCGACGUACAAUUUAUGAUGGAACUGUAGCUUAUAAACGGCAAACACAAACUCACUUUGUCUAGUUUUGGCAAACGUUUUGAAACGGUAAGUACGUUUCCAAGUUUGCCUUUGACCCGUCGCUCUCCUCAGCAUCUUUAGUUUUCUUUUAACGGAACGAUUGCUAUCCCGUUUAGAAUGUUAUUAUUAUUGGCAAUGUGGAAUCGUGAGUGAGGGCUAUUGAGCUGCGACUUUAAAUUGGACUGGGCCUUUUUACGCACAAAGCGUGGUUAUCUGUACGUUGCGGCAUCAUGGUCGCUGGCGAGCUCGUUCAGGAACAUCUCCGGUGUAGCGACGCGCACGACGAAGAUAACACAGGUCCGGAGACAGUGGAGAAAAUCGGAACACCGAGUCAGUAUUUGGAUGUAACGGAUACACCAGUCCAUGUGACCGUGUUGGAUUCUAGGGAGUCCGAACGGGAGAUACCACCGGAUGAGAGACAGGCUAUGUUGCCUGGUGGACAGAAAGCACUCCAAACCCAGCUCUAUUACAGAAGAUUUGCCGUUUUAGCUGUGUUCAGCCUUUACUCCCUCGUGAACGCCUUCCAAUGGAUCCACUACAGCAUCAUCGCCAACAUAUUCACCUUUUAUUAUGGUGUGUCAAAUGAUAAGGUUGAUUGGCUUUCUGUUGUGUAUAUGGUGGCGUAUGUGCCUUUGAUCUUCCCAGCAACCUGGCUGCUGGAUAAAAAAGGACUGAAAAUUACUGUACUUCUAGGGGCCGGCUUGAACUGCAUCGGAGCAUGGGUAAAAUGCGCCAGUGUAAAACCAAAUCUUUUUUGGGUGACGAUGACGGCGCAGAUUAUAUGCUCGAUUGCUCAGGUAUUCAUCCUGGGACUGCCGUCAAGGAUUGCCUCCGUGUGGUUCGGACCCAAGGAAGUGUCAACUGCUUGCGCUACAGCCGUGUUAGGCAACCAGUUGGGCUGCGCCAUUGGAUUUUUACUUCCCCCAGUCCUGGUCCCCAACACCAUGGAUGACAAAGACUUGAUGGGCUACAAUAUAAGCAUCAUGUUUUACGGAACAGCAGUGAUUUCCACCCUGCUCUUCCUCCUGACUGCUGUGGUUAUCAAAGACAGACCUCCGCUGCCCCCGAGCCAGGCUCAGGCCGUGCUUCCCAACGGCCCUGCCGAAGACUACUCCUACAAGCAGUCCAUCAUCAACCUCUUCAGGAACAAGCCUUUCCUUCUUCUGCUCCUCAGUUACGUGUUUGUCUUGUAUUGUUUUAGGCACUUAUCGGGCAUGUCGCUCUGGAAAGAGUGUUUGCUAAAUAAAGGUAUCAUGACUGGCUCUUUCUACUCUGUGUCAACAUUACUCAACCAGAUGAUCAUGACAUAUUAUGAGGGGGAGGAGCUGAACGCUGGCAGGAUCGGCUUAACCCUGGUUGUGGCUGGAAUGGUUGGCUCUAUCAUCUGUGGGCUGUGGCUGGACUACACUAAAACCUACAAAAUCACCACUCUGAUAGUCUACAUCCUGUCCUUCAUCGGCAUGGUGGUGUUCACGUUCACCUUGGACCUGGGACAUCUUAUCUUGGUGUUUUUCAUGGCUGGUGCACUGGGGUUCUUCAUGACAGGUUACCUGCCUCUGGGAUUUGAGUUUGGGGUUGAAAUCACAUACCCUGAAUCUGAAGGGACCUCGUCUGGCCUUCUCAAUGCAUUUGCACAGAUAUUUGGGAUCUUUUUCACUUUGAUCCAGGGGAAGCUGACCACAGACUAUAACCCCCUGGCUGGAAACAUCUUCCUCUGUGCCUGGAUCUUUGUGGGCAUCAUUCUAACAGCCUUGAUAAAAUCUGAUCUGAAAAGACAUAACGUCAAUAUGGGAGUGGAAAGCAAACCUCUUCAAGCAGUCACUGCUGAGUGCCCUGCAGACAAGUCUUCCAAUGGCGUCGUAGUGGAACCGUCCCCUGAGUGUUCACAUGAGACCUCCCUGUAGAGAUCGUGGAGUCCAACAUCACAUCAGUGAGGCUGUCUUUGCACCUGAGCUUGCUUCAGAUCCCUUUUUAUUCUUAUUACUGUCUCUUAUUUAUGAUGAUAUUUUAAUGUGAUCUUUUUUAUUUGUAGCGAACCCACAUUUUGUUUACAGAGGUACAGCGUGAUGCUGCAAAGCCGGCAAAAAGAGAGAAGUAAAUAGGCUGAACUUUUUUGGAUCGUCCAAUUGUACCUGGCCACAGUACUCAGUGUUUAAUGAUCCGUUCCUGUCCAGAGGUGGACACAGCAACACUCACCGAAACGACAGCAUUUCUUUAGGUGAUUUCUGCCUAGUUCAAAUUUCUUUGCAUAAAUGGCGUAAAAAAAGGCAUUUGCACUACAAAUUUGUGAUAUGUGUACAAACGUGUGUGCCAAUAUAUAUUAUAUAUAUAUAUACUGUAUGAAGGAAAAAUUCCUUGGAUCUUUGAACAAGCAACAUUUGCAAUUUCAUUCCUUUAAUGGUGUUAUUCAUAUGUUGCCAGUGUUUUCUGGAAUUAUGGAAAUUUGAAAUAUUUAUGAGAUUAUGGAAAUAUGGAAGUGCUGCCAGCAGUGGGAGAUACAGAUUGAUCUGCCAUUCUUUACAGAAAUGUAAUAUACUGAAAAUAUGUUGAAAUAUAUUACCAAAGUAUUGAUAAUGUAUUUAUUACAUAACAAUAUACGGGCAGAUAUACAAAUUAUUACCAAUUCAGAUGUUACUGUAUAUUACACUGCUUUUAGCACCCAGCAUAUGUGCAAUGUUCCUGUGAGGAAUUUCUCAUGUACUGGGUGUUACAAAGUUACAAGGGAUGCUGCUGUCUGAUAAAGCCUGCCUCUAUGUCCUUUAGCCUAAUUUUCAAGAUGUUUUGAGUUUCGCACAAAACACAUCAAUUGUCCUUUGUCAGCACUUUAUUGUAGUUCAGGUAACUGAAACAUUAUCUCUGUUAUCAGCAUUUGUUAUUCACUGGUAUUAGUAGAUGCUGAUGCAAGGUAAAAUAUGGAUAAAAAGCACAAAGACACUAUACCAUGAAGCACUGAAAGUCCAGUCUCAUACUGGGGAAAUGGAUUGAAAUUUUUUAAUGUGCAAUUUUUAAAAUGUAUCAUUUGUCAAUCACAAUUUAUGUUGAGUUGAAUUAGGCAGAAUUCUGAACCUCUUUGAGUUGUUUUCGACUGAUUUUAGUUUGUUUUGUGAAGGUGUGCACAAUCACAUAAAAUCUUUUUUUUAGUCUCUGCAUACAAUGAGGACCAACUUGUUUAACCAUAUUUUAUUUUCCAAAUUUCAUUGUUUAAAUUGGCUAUUGAAUUGUCAAUUGUUUUAGUACUUUAGUGUUAGUUUACCCAUGUAACAUUUUGUACCUAAUGUAGAAAAAUAAUUAACAAAGAAAGGGCAGUCUUCAUAUAUCACUUAACAUUGCUGUCUUUGACGUGUCACUCUCUUCAUUUUGCCCUGAGCACCGAAAGAUUGUUGAUAUGCAUGUAUGUUCAUAACAGCACCAAACACUGGAUCUGACCUCACCGAGUGUAGUUUUGUUUGUCAUGUCCAUAACAAUAGUUCUGGAGCCAGCUAAUAAUAAUCUAACGUGCAAACAAAUGUGGUUUCAGGGCUACAGAAAAUGGAAUCAUUCGAAGUCACUGGAAAACAAAGUUUCGGUUUUUUUAAGUUCAGUUAAUGUACUGGUAUUUAUGUGUGUUUGGUUUAACCAUGCAAUGAUACAGCUCAUUUCUGUUCAACUUCUCUUGUAUGGCGCUGUCACAAAGACACUUCAGAUGGUAAAAAUCAGGCAUUUAUGGGAACGAUCAUUACACUUUCAUGUCAAUCAUAAACAAAUCUGGAAAAAAAUUAAAUGUUUAUCGACUCAUAAAA